ACCAACUUUCUUCAGACUUCAUUACUUUUUAUACUAACGGCCUUUUUCUGUUUCAGAAUCCAAUCUAAGAUCCUACGUUGCAUUUAGUUGGCAUGCCUCCUUAGUCGUCUCCAAUCUGUGACAACUUUGAAGUCUUUUCCUGUCUUUCAUGACCAUUGCACUUUUGAGGAGUCCUGGUUUUUCUACGUGAGUGGAGAAGAUAAUUGUUGCAAGUAGGAGAGACACAGCAUUUUUUUAGGAUGUCUGAAAUGAAGAAAAAGUGAAAUUACGGCGUCUUGAACCAGCUAUCCAGAAAUUUACUAAGAUAGUAAUUCCAACAGAUCUGGAGAGCUUAAGAAAGCACCAGAUAAAUAUUGAGAAGGAUGAGAACGUGCUCUGGUCUCUCUCGGGAGCGUCUGGGGAAAGGCUGUUUCUGUGAGUGUUGGACCCUCUACUCCUGCCUGUCCCACUGGUAUACCAUGAGGCCGUAAGACAUAUGAAGAACAACAUGAAUGCUUGUGUAUCAGAGGUGCAGAAUAUGGGACAAGUUGCAUGAAGAGCAUAUCAAUGCAGGACGUACAGUUCAGCAACUCCGCUCCAAUAUCCGAGAAAUGGAGAAGCUUUGCUUGAAAGUGCGAAAGGAUGACCUAGGACUUCUGAAGAGAAUGAUAGAUCCUGUUAAAGAAGAAGCAUCAGCGGCAACAGCAGAAUUUCUCCAGCUCCAUCUGGAAUCUGUAGAAGAACUUAAGAAACAAUUUAAUGAUGAAGAAACUUUUUUACAGCCUUCUUUGACCAGAUCCAUGACUGUUGGUGGAACAUUUCACAGUACUGAAGAUGAAGCUGAUCCUCAGAGUAUGACUCAGAUUUAUGCAUUGCCUGAAAUUCCUCGAGAUCAAAAUGCUGCAGAAUCAUGGGAGACCUUAGAAGCGGACUUAAUUGAACUUAGCCAACUGGUCACUGAUUUCUCUCUCCUAGUGAAUUCUCAGCAGGAGAAGAUUGACAGCAUUGAGGACCAUGUCAACAGUGCUGCUGUGAAUGUUGAAGAGGGAACCAAAAACUUGGGGAAGGCUGCAAAAUACAAGCUGGCAGCCCUGCCUGUGGCAGGUGCACUCAUCGGAGGAGUGGUGGGGGGCCCGAUCGGCCUCCUCGCAGGCUUCAAAGUGGCAGGGAUUGCAGCUGCGCUUGGGGGUGGGGUGUUGGGCUUCACAGGUGGAAAACUGAUACAAAGAAGGAAGCAGAAAAUGAUGGAGAAGCUCACUUCCAGCUGUCCAGAUCUCCCCAGCCAAACUGACAAAAAAUGCAGUUAAAAACCAAACUUCAGUAUUGUUGGUGCCAACACAUCUAUCCUAAUGACGACCUUCGCUGCUGUUGGACACCCGGUCAGCUUUCAGAACAUGAUUAUAUCCAAAUAGUGGCUGUAGAUGCUCAAGUGGGAUUGAACUGUGAUAAGAGGAUGCAUUUUGUUGUUUGCUGGGGUAUUAAUGGAGAUGUGAGAAAUUGAGGAGCCUGGACUGAGGGUGUACAAUAUUUGUCAGAUAAAGUUUAAGAACUGCCAGGGAACAGAUUUUCUACUUGGAAAUGUGAAAACCAAACCUAUAACUUUGAUCAGGACUUGUGAUCUGUGGACAUGUUGGGUUAUGGAAGGACUGUUUUCAGAAUAGUUUCUUCCAUGACCUUGACUUGGAGACUCCAAGGCUAAGCAUAUUGUAUAUAUGCUUCUUUAACUCCUAAAUAUACAUUAUUUAGGCAGUUUAGCAGAGAAAAGACUGGAAGUUCAGGAGCUUUUCACAUCAAAUAGGGAAAUCAGGAUCUAGCAAGGGGCCCAAGUGUACUACAUAAUGGAGUCCAUUUGGUGAGCCCUGUUGCCGUUUGGUCUAACACUGUUUUCCAGUAAAGGAAAUAAAUAUUGUAAGAAAAUGGAAAAAGAGGCCCAAUUUCUCCUUCAGAUAUCUUAAUUUGUGACACUAGCUUCUUCUCUGAAAUCUUUCUUCUGCCUCUCUGUAAAUAAAGAACACAGAGUCUCAAGUCAGCCUAUCUCUUAACACCUCAGAUAUCUCGUCCUCUCUGCCUUUCAACUUUGUAAUUUUGAAAAGUUCUUUGACUAAUGGGAUGAAUUCUACCCAUGUGUAAUGAAGACUUUUCUCAUAGUCUGUUUUUUCUCUUUUGUAUUGUAGAGAGAGGUGUCAAUCUUCAAACGUUGUUAGACUUUGAGCUAAAAAAUAAGCAAGGCGGGGAUAACCAGAUCAUUUCUUGGGGCAUCUUACAAUUUCAAGGGGCUCAUGUACUUGCCCUGCAGCGAGUCUUUGACCCUAUUUCUUCUGUCUUUCAGCUGGCAAUUGGAAGAGCUAAGAACUAGCUUUCUACCUCACUUUCAUUACUACCAUCCUUUUCCCUAGGUUUUACUAUUUCCUGUGUUUUCCUUCACUUUGCGCAGCUGCAUUUCUUCCCAAGAAUAGCAUUCAUGCUUGCCUUUUCUCACAGUCAAGAUUGAUGAUGGACCAGGCCUGGCACCAAGACUCAGUCCUGGUGGAGGAUUUGUGGUGCUAAUUUCAACACUUGACAUUGAUAGCAAGCAUGACCCAGCCCAACCCAAUGUCUGUUUCAAAUAGCAGGGAAAUUUUAAAUUUAGAAAAAAAGAAUUUAAGAUUAUGGGCAGCCUCUUCCUGUACCCUCAACUCAUCUGAGGUAGGAAGGAACCACCUUUUGCCUUGUUCUUUAUUCUUUUCUGAGGACAGAGGAAAGGGCACCUAUACCACAAAAGAUGUGAGCUCUCAGCUCAGGAACCAGAUGGAUUCAUCAGGUGGUUGAAUGGUUUAUCACUUCUCUCUUGCUGAGUUUACUCUUAAUAACUUUUAUUGAUUGCUGUCUUUUACUUGUAUGUCUAAUCUAAAGAGACCUUUCUCUUUCAUACUUCUUGCUUCUCACCAAUGAAUUCCAAUGAGGCAACACACCAUUUCUUAUCAUUAUUGAAUAACUGGAAAACAUAUUGCUCCCUGCUGACUUGUAUCUUUAGUAUAAUACUGAGAAGGGAGUACUUUGAAUAAGCAUCAGAUUCUGAUCCAGUAUUUGAUAUUAGAUACCUGUGAAUUUGGGAUAAUUACUUUUGAACUCCACCUUUUUAUGUUUUCUGAUCCUUGCUAUCCCUUUAACACAGGAUGUUCAAGCCAGAAUGAGGAUCAGAAUUGCCCAGGGUGCUAAUUUAAAACAGAAUUCCUGUAUUUCAUUUCCAUGGGUUCUAAUAAUAGCCAUUCUCAUCCUGUCAGCUAAAAUUAUGAAUUUAAGAUAUAGUUACAUCAAGAUUCAGCUGAACUGCUGACUUCUGUAAUUUCUAGUAUUCUACCCUUCAGCAUAGCCCAGUCUUCAUCACUGCAUAUUAUUCCUAUUUUGCCGAUCCAAAGUUGGCUAGCUCACCAUCUUAACAGCAAUGGGGAUUCUUUAUACUGUCAGGCUGGUUUUACUCAAGACCUGGUGGAGGAAAGAGGCCUAUUGUUGACCCUCACGUUUUGUUUUGGGAUCUUUCCUUUUCACUGAGCCAGUGAGGGACAUCAAUGUAUGUGCUCAUAUAGGCCUUGAAUUUUUUUUUUUUUUUUUUACUGCUCAUCAGGAUGGGAAUAUUACUCUAGGUAGAGUAAUAUUUUAUACUUAUGUAAGUUACAGUCCUUUUUUAAAGUUUUAUAAUUUAAAAUUAUUUAGAAAUUGUAUCUAAUUUCCUCAUUAAGAGAGCCUAAUAGCCAACUUUUUGUAGAAAUUUCUAUAAGUGUUUAAUCAACUAUGAAUGAUAUACCUAUAAACUGUAAUGUGUUAGAAGUAUAAAUUAGUCAGUAUGACACAGAAACCAGUCUUAAAAUUGAAUUUAAUGCCCUGUAGUAUCAGAUUAAAUUUAUCUUCUAUAUGAUUCAUGUAUUAUUUUUACUGCAGCAAGUUAGAAGUAAGGAACAUUUUAAGUUCUUAAAAUUUACAGAGGCUUAUUUGGAUACAGGCAGCAUUCCUAAAGCCCUGUUGAUAUAAUAAUCUGAGAAUUUCUCUGUCGAGCAGAGACUGAAACUUUUUGGUUGUAAUCCAUAGUAAAAAAAAAAUGCAUUAAUAUCAAAACUCAGCAUAUGCAUUAUGGAACAAUACUUUUUGUGCAGUGUACUUUGUUUUUUAUUGUUUUGGUUUUUAAAAUAUGCUAGUUGUAACCUAUGAAAUUGAUUUCAUAAUCUACCAAUAGGUGUUGACAUUUAGUUUCUAAAAAGAAAAAAAAAAAACCUUAUAGAGGAACUGAUACUUAUGGAAUAUUUUCUGUUGGUCAGGCACUUCACUAGGCAUUUUAUAGGUAAGGAAACUUGGGCUCAGAGAAACUAAAUAAUUUACAGACGGUUAUUCAACUGCAAAAAGGUGAAGCCAGGAUGUAAACUAGGUCUGCUGAACUACAAAAACUUCUGUACUCUCAUACUGUGCUGCUUCUGUAUGUAAAAUUGUGAUGGGCUAGUCACUCUGCUUCACCCAAACACCCCUAUAUUCUGUAAGGUAGGCUUGGUUUGAAGUUACAUGUGCCAUUCAUUUACACCUUUCUUAAAAUCUUCUUUUUCCUCACCAAGUGUCCAGCAACUUCAGAGUUUUUAAUGGUUCAGACAGUAAAGAAUUUGCCUUCAGUGUAGGAGACCAGGGUUCGAUUCUUGGGUUGGGAAGAUCCUCUGGAGAAGGGAAUGGCUACCCACUCCAGUAUUCUUGCCUGGAGAAUUCCAUGGACAGAGGAGCCAGGUGAGGGUGCAGUCCUUAGGGUCACAAAGAGUUGGACACAGCUGAGCGACUAACAGACACACAUGCAAUGCAGAAGUACAUAGUGCUGAAUCUGGUCCUUAGGCUGUAAAUGUGUUUCCAUCCCACACGUAUCCUGCAUAUUUCCUUAUCUUUGUGGGUCAUAGUCAUCACUUAAGCAGUGUUUUUUAUAUUGAAUCAUAAAAUAAACUCUGAAGUAUUGUUUUAAAGCAAUUAUAACUCAUAGAGUCAAGUUAUUAUCCUUUACCAUGGUACCCUUGGGAGGCCAUGUACUUAUGUAGUGAUGGUAGUAUUACUUAGAAUAUUUUUGAAACUUUUCUUUUGGAAUUGGCUUUAAAGACAUUUUACAAAUCACAUAAAAAAGCCACCUCAGUGUUUAUUAGUCACAGAUUAUGCUCUUUUCCUUACAAUGUCUUCUUUCUUUAGUUUUGCUUUUAUUCUGCUGAUUCAGCUCUUCCACCCACCUGUGCAGGAGCCAAUACCCCCCAAGAAGCCCCAGAGGAUGGGUGUGUUGGCCAGAGUUCCAGGAGCAGGAACUUUAGGUUGUCCUGAAACUGAGUGCUGGGUAGGGAGAACGCUGUGAGUUCAGAGUCCCUCCUCUGUGGGCUGCCUAAGUGCCACGAGCCAUCUGCAUGGGAGUGAGGACUGAAGUACCUGUGAGUCACAAGAGGCUGUGGGAGCUUAAAUAGAGACACUUGUGUACCGCAUUUUUCUCCAGUGAAAGUCACAGAAGCCAAACCGUGCCAUUCUUUGUUCUCAGGGUCCCCUCUGUCCUUCAUUGCUGCUACUCAAGAGCUCUGGAAGAAGGACACAAAAGGACUUGGGGAAACGGUUCUCCUGUAAAACAGCAUUUUCUCUCUUGUGAUGAAGUAUGACAUGGUGGUGGCUAUCAGUGCUCGAAAUGUUAGUUAGUGAGAGGCCUAAUAAAAAACAGGGAAGCUUCCCCACUAGCCUAAAUUAAUGUAAACAGUUCAGGUUUUGUGUUUUUAUCAACACGUCAUGUUUCUAACAGGAGUUGCUUACUAUUUAUACUGGUUAAUUUGACACCAUUUUACAAAGACACUUCUUGGAUAUUAUAAACAGUCAAUGGUAAAAGAUCCAUAUAUUAUCUAUAUUACUGCCCUCAGAAAUUAUUGGUAUAGACAAGACAAACAUCUAUGCAAUAUUAACAAAAAUAAAUUUAUUUAAAAACCAUGAAAGGUGUCAAAGGCAAGUGAUUUCCCCAAGGUUAAAGCUAGUUAACACAAAAGUUAGAAUUAUAACCAUAGUCCAAGAAAAAAAAUCCUCAAAUAAUUUAACUGAGUUUCUGUUAUGCCAUAUCAAGUUGCUUGCUGAAGUUUGUGGUCUUUCAGACCAACAUUAACAUUCCAAAUCAGUCAACAGCUCUAGUGGAAAGAGAAUUCGCUGGGGAAUCAGGUCAGGGUUCUAGUUUUGUCUUUGUCUAUUGUAGUAAACUUUUACCCAGGGUGGCUGCUUUCUCCCAUUCUCUAGCCAGGGAUUCCCCCAACCUAACAUUCUCCAUUCUUUAUAUUUAGCCUCCUCCUGGGUCUUGUCAACUGUUUGAAUAUUAGUUUUUUUCAUUUCUUAGAGCUAUUCAUAGCCAUCACUCUAGUAAAAGACUAUAUUACCUCACAUCCCCUGCCUUAUCCCCCCCAACUUUAGACCAUUCCUCACAUCACCAUCACAAAAGUCGUCUUUUAUUUUUCUGCUGAAAUAUUUUCAGCAGCUCCUAUUGAAUAGCUGAUCAAGUUUGUCCCUUCCAUAUUUUGGCCCCAGCUUGUCUCUGCAGACUCACUACUCACCAUAUAGCAGUGCCACUGAAAACCAGACAUUCUUAAGGUUUUUCUAUGGUGAAGGGACAAAAUGGUUAUAAACUAUGUUUACAUUUUUUCCAGAUUAAUUUCUGUAACAUUACAUUUUACAAAACUAACCAGCUGAGUUUUCUUUAAGCUCUUGAACAAGCCUAAAAGUUGUUUCCUAAGAAGAAAUCUUUUGUCCCCCUGCACCCCAAGAAGAAAGUAUAUUCAGUUUCUUAACCUUCAACAAUGUCAGUCUUGCCACCUGUGCACUGGAUAGCCAAAGCAAUGAGGAUUUUAAUUUAGCAGCAUAGAAACUCCAGAUGAGAACUGACUAUUGUCAAGCUCCUGUGAGAAACUUGACUGAUCAAUAUUUGAGGAAAGCACCUAAGAGUACAUUUCUCAAGUACUAGAGAUUGGUUAAUCACUAAAAGAGAUGUUUACUUGGGUUUCAUUAAUUAAUCCCCCAAUGAUGUCUUCCAUUUUAUUACUAAAACCUUUGGUGUUAGCAAGGGUCAGCACAAGAAAAGGCCCAACAGUGAGAAUUUCUACAAUUCUGUAAAGCCUCCUGAAUUCACUUAUUAUGUUGCUGAGUGGUGCUUAUAUAAGGAAACAUGCAAUAAAUUCACUUAUUCAACAAACA